AUGUCCAGUCCGUUCAAGGGCUCCAACGGCAGCCUUUCGUCGUCGAAGAGGGCCCCAAGCUGUCGGGGAAACAGCGGCAGCGACUCCACGGCGCAGGGGUUCAACCAACGCCUGUGGGGAUAUCUCUUUCGGAACGUCAAUCGAGCCGUGGACGAGUUGUACUACCUCUGCGAGGCGGAAGGCAGCGCCACGCACUGCACCGAGGCGGCCGAACUGCUGGAAGGGUGCGGGCGAGACUUCACGAAGCUCGUGGAGCGCAUCGCGGACCAGAAGAGGUUCGAGGAGGAACAGCGCGCGGCCCGCGCAGCGGAGAGACUUUCUGGCGGAAAGCUUUCUCCGGAGGCGGUGGCGGGAGAUGGGGGAGACUCAUCUGCCGCUGAAUCCAGCAGCCGUAAACCGAAGGGGCUGGUAUGGGAGGUUCGCAAGACCACAUCCGCGACGACCGCCAGCGCCAUGGUUCUCAACGCGAUCGAGCGCAUGGAGAGCCACGCUUCUCCGAGAGAGCCAUCCUCCGCGGGGACGCGGAGCGGCCGCACAACCCCUGGCAUCGCGGCCACGGCCGCCGGCACCGCGGCCGCCCCUCCCGCCUUCUCCGGCGCUUCUGCCGUUGCUCGGUCGCCCCUCGGCGAGCCUGAGAGUGGCGGCAACGGCGGUGUUUUGGUGACCCCUGUGUUCGGUGGGAAAGAAGAUCGCACGAGGUCCCUGCAAGGGACCGGAACGGGGUCCGGUCGCUCCUGUACCGGUGCCGAUGCCACGGGAGAAGCGACAACAUCGCCCGUGUCUUCGAGAGUGUUUGAUAGAAGAGGCGAGGGGAGGCGAGCGCAGACGGCGCCCGUGCAGCCAUGCGGGGAUGGCUCCUCUCCUGACGCGGCGGCGGUCGCGUUGGGGGACCUGGGCGAUGGCGGUGGCGGGGGUGACGCCCCCGGGAGAGAAGGUGUAGGUCGUGGUGUUGCCUCUGCGCCUGCUUUAAGCCAGACUGCUGACGCUGGACCUCCGGUGGUGGUUGCGGAGUCGCCGGCGCGGGUCGAUAUUACCGCUACAUCGACUAGCACUACCGACGGAAGGGACUGCUGUAGCGAUAGUGACAGGAGCCUCGCCACGGAGGAGUCUGUUGCCGUCGCUGCUGGUGCUUGUCCCGGCCAGGAGAGCGGAGAGGGGGGUGCUUGCGAGGCGACGGAACGGCGCAGAGAAAGAGGGGACGGGAACGGGGAGCCACAAGGGUGCGUCGCGGGAGCGGAAGGCUGGGCGGGGGGGCGAGCCGCACAAGGUGGGGUGUUCGAGAGGCGCUCACCGGCACGGAAGUUGUCGCUCGGGGGAGCAGGGGCCCCUCAGAGAGUUGUUGGUCGUGGCGAGGAGGGCGCCGCUUCUGAGAACACCGGCCGUUCCGCGGGAAGUCCCGAGCGCGGCGGCGGAAGCAAGGCCGCCGAGCCCGCCCCCCCGAAGAAGAAGUCCGGUCCUCGCCAAGCCCCUGCCGUCUAUCGCCUGAACCCGCGCGCGGCACCGUUUACGUACAACCCCGCGGCGAUCGCGACCGGGAUGACUGCUGUGGUGCCUUCUCGUGCCUCUGGUACUGUUGCUGCCAUUGCGGUUGCUGGUGGUGGUACUUGUCCUGGCGUUGUCCGCGCGAAGUCGGCGGUGGCGACGACAAGGGGGGAAGAUGUCUCCUUGGCUGCUGUGGCAGAUUCGGCCAUUUCGACCCCAGUAGGCGGCGGCCCUUCUACCGGUCCGGUCUCUGGCGGUGCGGACUCGCUCCCGUCGCCGUUGUCUGCAAGAACUGUGGCAACGACUGCGGGAUCGGUUGCGGGUUCUCCCUUUGGAGAGAAGGGGGCUAGCGACAACAACAGCAUAGGCACUUCCGGCAAGAAGCAGAGGCAGAAGAAGAAGAAAAGGAGGAAGCACAAGAAGAGCGAGCACGGUGGUGGCUCAGGUGGCAAUGGCGACGGCAAGGCCGCAGAUGACUUCCACACGCUUUCCUCCCCGGCUACCACUGCUGCUGCUGCUCCUGAACAGCGACCGUCCUCUGAAAGUAACGCUCUGGGCGGAGCGAAGUCUUCCACCAGCAGACGCGUUGUGUCUGAGCAAACGGCCAAGGGCAGUGCCCGUGGUGAUGGGGAUGGCGAGUCGAGCAGGGACGGGAAGGGAUCGGAACCGCUCGACAACCAUACGGAAAGACAUGCUCGUUCGCCGGGGGAUGUACCGGCCGUGACAGCGGUGGAGACAACCACCGAAGGGAGCAAUGCGGACGCGGUAGCUAGCGUUGCCGCUGUAGGCAGCCGGAACGACGGCGGCGCUGACAGCCGCAACAAGGGCGAGAAGAGCGAUAGCCCACCACACUGCGAAAAGGGAGCGACGCAGGAUGGCGAAACAAACAAUAUCCCACCGCUGGGGCGGGAUCAAUGCCACCACAGCGCCGACAACUACCGGGAGGUCGUCGUGGCUGGGGUCAGAGAACGUGAUGACGAGGGCACCGGCCGGAAACAAGAAGGAGAUGAGGACGAGGAGGGAGAGGAAUCGGAUGUUGACGGGGAGGAAGGGGAGGAGGAAGACGAGGACCCAGACUCUGCGUACGUAGACGCCAUGGAGAAGAUCUGGGCGGAGGCGGAGGCCUGGGUGGACGCUGAAGCUCAGGCUGAAGAGGAGGCAUGGGCCCGGCUCCCGACCGACGUGACCUGCUGUCCCUCGGAGUCCGAGGGGGGGGGAGGUUCCGACAUCGACGAGUCAACGACGGCAGCGGCAGCAACGAAGUCAACAGCAGACACGGCGGGGGCGGCACGAUCGUCAUUAGAUCACCGCCGGAAGCCACCCAGUCGUGAUGAAGACGACGAUGAUGACUACGAUGGUGGUGCAGCGGCGGAGAAGACCGGAGUGGUGUCGCUACCCUUCGCGCCUGGCGCCGAGAACGGUUCGGAUGUGCCGCUAAGGCGCCAAAGCAGCGGCGGUAUCUGCGGCCGUCGCACCGCAAUGGGUGCUAACGCCGGCGUUCGGCAGGGCGCGGUUGGCGGUAGCGACGAUGACGUUGACGAGUUACUCGACCUGGAGAUCGAGAUUCCGGUACCCGGGGAGGCGGAGGAAGAGCGGGUCGGGGCAGCAGUCGGAGACAUUGAGAGGUUUGCAGGGGACGGCGAAGAGGAGGGGGAGUUGCGUCAACGGGUGAACACGUUGGCGUCGGAAGACGCGGACGUCGAGAACGCCUCCCUGCAUUCCUGGUACCAGGCUAGUGACCGACCUGAUCUAGACUCUGAAGACGACGACGACGACGAGGAGGAGGAAGACCAAGAAGAAGAGACGGUCGAGGGCGGGCAAAGCGGUAGCGGGUACCCUCUUCUCGCUGGAAGCGUUCCUCCUCUCACUAGAACCCCCUCGGACAGCGGGGCGUCGUGCUUCGGGGUUGAGAGGGGGGGGGGAGGCUCUUCUUCGCACGAAGCGUGCGAAGAAGGCUGGGCUCCGUUCUCCCACCGGGAGCUCCAGAAGAAGCUGUCGUCUCCGCAGCGCAAGCCCCAGCGGAAGAUCCUCUCCGCCGCGGAGGCCAAGCUACGGCAGGAGAGGCGGCAGAUGGUGGCGGAGCUCAAUCGGGCGCAGCUCGCGAGCGGGAUCACGGAGAAACUCAAGCAGCAUGAGGAACGCGCGAGGGGUGUGCGGUUCCGCAAAGAGGAGCAGCUUCUUAAGGCCGAGGAGGAGGCGAAGAGGAAGAUGGAGGGGGCCGACGCCAGGAGGAAGGAGCACCGCAGGGGUAUCGUCAGGAAGGCUAACGAUGCCAACUCGAAGGUGGAGGAGGUGCUUUUCAUGAACAAGCUGACUGUGGAGGACCUCAAGAUUACGCUGCAGAUGAAGCUCGCUGAGGUGGAUCGCCGGAUUCAGUCCGGCAGGGCGCGAAGGCAGCAGCUGCUGGCGGGCAUCUCCGAUCGGCAGAGGAAGCGGACCAGGGACAAGGCGGCCCAGAUGAGCGAGAGGCGGCUGGAGGCUGAGUCUGCGGCUGCGAUGCGGUGGGAAGCCCUACAGAAACGGCUGGAGGCGGUGCAACAGCGCCGGAGAGACAGGGAGAGGGAAACAAGCCGCAGGAUGCAGGCCGCGAACCGGCACACUCAGGCUCGGGAGCGGAGGAAGGCGAUGCUGCAUCACCCGGCGAGUGUAACCGCACCGGCAACGGUGACCGGCAAGGCCAAGGGCGGCGAAACGGCGGUGAGGAUCGACAGUAGACGCAAGGGGGCGAUGGAUGCCGCCGCCGCCGCCCCCGCCGUUGCUGACAAGAACAAAAGCAGGAACAGUCGCAACAACAGUAGCGGCAACGCUCACAAUGUCAAUUGCGAGAACGACACCGACGACGAGGUCGAAUUUCCCGAAGGUAAGCCUCGCCCCGAGUUAAGCCGGACGCCGAGGAAUGUGGCCGUCCCGGCGCCUGCGGCGGCGAUGUACGAAGACCCACCCCCGACUCAAGCCGCAAGCGCGGCGCUCCUGCUGGCGACGACGGCCUGUCCCAGGAGAGGAAGGGCGCAAAAAAAGCGGGCGAGGAAGGUUAAGGAUAACCUGCGGCAGCUCUGCGUGGAGGCAAGCACAACGGGACCGACCGCGACGGCGGUAGCACCUUGGCCGCGGCUUGAGAAGGCGGCGAGGGAGCUGGCCGAGCUGGCGCUGGCAAAGACGCAGGUGGUGAAGAACCAGGCGGCGGCCCAAGCCGCGAAACUCCCCGCUGAUGCCCCAGCGUCUCGCCUAGCGCCGGCUGCUGUUGUUCCCUUGGCCGCAAGUACAGAACAGCCAUCACUUUCGAUGCCAACGAAUCCCGUUGGCCUCCUGUCCGGUGUUAACAGCGGCGAUGUCAGGACGGCGGUGGUGGCUGCGGCAGGGACGACGACCGACGAAAAUGUUGGAAACCCGGGUAAAGGCAGGGCCGCCGCGCUGAUCGCCGAGGUUAACGCUGAGGACGGGGCCCGCUCCGGCGAUGGCGGGGGGGGAGGAGGCAGCUGUAGCAGUAGCGGCGCCGACCAGCUUUCGGCACGAGGAGAAGGAGGACGGCUCCUCCUGGGCGGGCACAGGAAAACGCGGCGAGGAACGGAUUCACAGUCUCCGGUGUGUUCGGCGGUGGCUUCAGGGGGGUUCGAAGAUGGCGCCGCGGGAUGCGAAGUUGUGCCUCAGCUCAACGCGGCGGCGGCCUCCGAGCAAGAGCCGGCUGCUGCAGUGACUGCCGCUAACCCCGGUGUGGCGAAGGCCUGCUCGACGGGACUACCGUCCUCGUCCUGUUCCUCCUCGCCUUCUACUCCCUCCACUGCUGGUGCUGGCUCUGGUGCUGGCCGUGCUCCUGCGGCUUCAACUCCAACUGCGUCCAUGGCCUUCCCUUCUCCUGCUGGUUCAACGCCAACUGCACCCGGGGGCAAUGGUGGAUGUGGGGGACGAGACCAGGGAAACAGAGCGAAGAAGGAGACCGCCGCGAGCGACGAGGGCGCCGCCGCGAGCGCCGCCGCCGGCGAAGGGAACGACGGCGGGAGGGAGGCGGUGACGGAGUCCGCGCUCGAGGUUAUGUUCGCGUCGUUGGCGGACGAGCCGGAUAAUCGGGAUCACGUGCUGAGGAUCGACGGAGGGGCGCCUCUUGUGGACUGCCUGUUCCGUCUCCUGGAGCGGGCAACAAGGCACGGGGAUACCACGAAACGUCCCGGCCCCCGCCCUCCCCCCUUCGAUGCGGCGGUGCCCGCGGAGGAUCGAACCGUCAUGGGAGGGAUGUCCCCGAACAGCACCGCAGAUACGAACAUGAAGGCGAUGGAGAAGGAGAGUGGGGAAGUUGGCUCUCGAAGCAAGGAAUAUCGGCGGGGGCUUGAGCUUCCCGUUAAUUCCAAGGCUCUGUGUGGACGGGAGGUCGGGGUGAAGCUUGAGGUGGAGGAAGCGCUGUUGACAGCGCUAGCGGUGGUUUCGCUGCUGGUCCGCCACAGGAGUUCGGACAGAUCGAUCUGGAGGAUCCAGGAGGGGCUCGUGCGAUACCUCGCGACGAAAAGGCUCCUUUCCGACCUGUCCGUGUUGACCUACCAGCUCCACGCGUUCUGUGCAGCAGCAGCAUUGCCGACGACCGGAACGAGAACAAGAGUAGGACCCGCAGAAACGGGUAAACACACAGGGAAAAACCACCACGAUACCGACAAGCGCUGCUCGACAAGCCCUACGGGAGGGGGGCUGUUUCCGCCACCUUCGUCUUCGAUGGCGGCAACCGACAAGUAUUCCGCUCCCGGCUCCCGUUCUCAAUCUCCCGAUUCUUCCCGACGGAUGCCGGCGCGGCCCCUGCCGUUCCUCGUACUCCGGCGCAAGACGAUAAUCGCCGGCUCGAAGCCGACGAGGUCGUUGUCGCCGCUGCCGCCCGGGCGUCCCCUGCUGCAGGUCGCCGGCCACGUCGCCGAGCUCGUGACGGCGGUUGUGUCGCACCCACUCGUGCGCCCCGCCGGGCCAGCUACCGCCAACCGUACAUGCCGGGCGGUAGAGGACCUGCGUCGCGGUGCUCUCGCCGCCCCGCCACCAGCGUAUCCGUCGCCUCUGGUGAGGGGUCCCGCGACCGGCGGCGCGGGGUCCCCCACCCCCGCCUCAGGAGCGGUCAGGGCGGUGGGAUCGCUCGUCUCGCUGUUGGCGGCGAUGGUGGGCACUGAAAAGGAGCGGCGGCAGCGCCAGCCGUCAAGUUCGGGGGUUGUCGCCUUGGGCGCGGAAAAGAAGGACGACGACGACGACUCGCGGCAGCGGCCCGAGGACGCAGCCAGCCCGAUAGAAGCUAGUUCGCCCGAUGCCACCGGUUCCCUGGAGACGGAGGAGGAGGGGGUGGCGAUACCCCUGUCGGAUGGACUCCUUUGCCUGUCGUCCGCGGUGGUACAGGCUGCAAACCUAGCCUGCGUCGUGGACCUCGAGGCCGUGCAGACUUCUUUGUCGGCCGAUGGUUUGCAGCCCGAGUUCUUGUUCCUGUGCGAUCACCUACUGGCAGAUCUGACCAACAGGAUCGGCGCUCAGGACGUUGCCCCGCCUAAGUCGGAACCGACGGCGCCUGAGGGGUGCCUGGAAGGGGUGUUGACGCUGCUAGGGUACUUCUGUCUCGACAACAGAGAGCACCAGGAGGUGCUUCGAAGGGAGGGUCCGUUCCCUGCUAUUCUCGCGCGGCUGUGCGAUCUCCCUUUCCGGUACUUCUCGGAGCCGAGACAUCGAGCAGUGCUCUUGCCGACCCUCAUGAGCAUCUGCCACGCGAACGUCGGGAACAGAAUCGCUGCGGAGGAAGAACUCUCCUCGGAGUUCUUGGCGGAGUUCUUGGAGGAAAACUUGGAGGCACAUCGGGCAGAUGAAGCUGCUGCCGCGGUUGUUGCGGCCGUCGGGGUUCAUGAGGUAACUCCGCCCCGCGAGUCCAAAGGACAGCAUAAUGGCAGCGAUAAAGAUGCGGCAGCAGCGGCAACGACGACCAAGGGCUCGCAACAAACUGUGGCACCCCCGUGCGAUUGGCGAACGCUUUCCCUCAGGUUUCCCCUGGAGCUGUGGGACGACGCCAUUUCUUUCUUUCGGUCGGCUCAAUGCUCCGAUCAGGAGACUCCAACUUGACAUUGUGUGCGGAGACCGAGCCGUCUUGCAUCGUGUGUGCUGUGUUGUGUGUGAUGUAUUGGUGGUGCGAAGGUGCGCGUUGUACUUAUGUGCUGCGUGAUGUGAGUACGUUUGGAAGAUCAAGGGUGUCGUUGUCUGGUGGAGUGCGGCACGCUCUCACGUCGAAGCAACCCACGAGAAAUCGAGCUUGACAGUCUUUUCACGUCGAAAAGGGGCAGACACCACGCGCGACGACUGCCGCGUUGCUUUAAGAACAUCUGUUGAGCCAAGUUUGUGCGAUAUACAAGCACAACGUGGGUGCUUAUUUCGGCUACCAACCAGUGCCAGACUGGUCGCUCCCGGCUUCUCGCUUUGGUUUGGUGUUGCGCCGCAACACGGUUGGUUGAAAGAACCGUACGAAAGAGGCCAACAAUCUACACGGAUCAAUGCCUUCGGAAAGGCAAACCACGUCAACGGCAUCUAAAACACUUGCAGAAUAUUCAAGUAUGAAGCUGCGCAACUCUGCAGAAACAACCAUCGGGCAUGCGGGUUCCGCAAUUAGCAAAAACCUCUCCGAAGAAGCGCAUGUCGAAGAGGCUUUGUCGUGCAUACCGCAAAAAACAACUAUCUUUCGGGCAAAUACUUCUCUCGCUCAAGAUCGGAGCGAGCCCUUAUCUAUGACCCGCCACACACUCAUUCUCUCCUUUCUAAUCCACCUCCAUUGAACCAUACUACGGUGCAUCGCAAUCCCAUACGUCAAAAUACCAUAGGAACCAGAAUGGACACGAAUGAAUGGCGGCGGCAAAGGUCUGUCCUCAACAAAUUCAAUUUUACUACACUCGCAUUUUGUUUUGUCUGAACCGAACCCACCCGCCAUGUGAACGCGCAUGAACUUCGCCACCAGGACCCUUAGGAAUCUGUAUACCCAAGCCUACCUCUUGAGGGACGAUGAUGUAAGAUCCGCCACACGUGUGUGUGCAUGGUGGGUCCCUUUUUCUUCUGUCUGCCUAUCGGGGUUGCGGGAUCAAUCGUUCGUGCCAUCAUCAUUUUGUAGUGGCGGGGAACACCGCGAACUGCGUGUCACUUCGUCCGUAUAUAUUACCCAGCCGCUGCUGGUAAUUUUUCAAGAAAGA